AUGUCGGAGAAUGGGAGUCCUCAAACUCCUACGCGCGUCCAAGCCUUCCACGAAGCUGUUAAUCGACAAUUGCUGGACCUAACGCCCUCCCGCACCUACGAUGCGCCCGAAGAUACUUCCAAAGUUAGCUGCCUGAUUCUCAUGGAAGAGAGAUGGUUCAGGGAAUUGGACCAGGAGGAAGUUGAACAGAGACUACAAAAUCAGAUUCAGAAACCGCCUUACCACAAAGCGCGUGCUACCAUGCUACUGGGCAUGAUUGAACGUUAUACCCCAAAUAUCUCUAUAUUCGGGCUACCAGACCUAUUCAGAGUGAUAGAUGGCCUGAAAAGACUGUUAGUGGACAUGGGUGCAACACCCGACGACAUUGAGAAUGCGCAUCGGGAAAUUUCUGAUAUGGCGAAGGAGUUUUGGGACGAGCAUUGCGCCUUCCACGAGAGACGCAAAGAAGAGGUCGAGCAAGAAGAGAUGCAGCGAUUCCAUGCCAGGUUUCCGCAAUCGCCACGAGACCCUUCAGCCUUACCCCUCACACAACGUUUCCCCAACCGCCUCUCUCUAUCCUCCAUUGCAUCUUCCAAGGAAGCUUCGAGGAGAGUCUUGGAUUCUCGGGUAAGGAAGAAAGGUCAGGAGAAGCACAACUCCUCUGAAGCAAAAGGACAAAAGACAAGGAGGUCUGGGCGACUGGAGGCCUCUACCCAGGCGAGGGAGCAGGAGACGGGUGCAGGCGCCUCCUUGGACUCUGCUUCAGGUAGAAGACCUACUACGACAACCUCGAGAGAGAAAACUGUCCCCUCUGCACAACCCUCACGUGGGCGUGUAGGAACAAAGACCAAAAAACCCGCUGAAAAACCACGCCGAUCUGCGGGGGGACGAAAAUCGACGCGGAUUCAAGAGCAAAAGAAGCCAACCAUCAGAGAAUACGACCUUCGCUCAAAACGUCAUCGCGUUGUGACAAGAUGA